UCCAGCCUCUCUUGCGUGCCUCGUUACGCCGUUUUGUUUGUGUUCCUCCCUCCUGCCUUCUACUGUCAAAAUGGAGCUCGGUGGAAAUUAGCAGGUGUGUACCUCUUCGAGUUCUCAUCCUUACCUUUGGAGCAUGAUCCACCGGCGGGUUAUUUUAUCCCAGGUUUUGAUCUGCUUUGGGUUGACUGGUCAUAAUGCUGAUGCAGCUCUGUAGUAUCAAGAACUUGUACCAGAACCGGUUUCUGGGCCUGGCUGCGAUGGCUUCCCCGACCUGCAGCACCCAGACCCGCCAGCGCUGCAAGAAUGCGGUUCGUCAAAGCUGUGGCCCAGAGACCUUUGCCGUCAAUGGUCUGGACCAGGAGGACUUCAUGCUGGGGCUGUCGCGUUCCACCAGUGACACUGACCUGGUCUCCCCAGACGCACGCUCCACUCUGACCAUCAGCUCCUCCUACUACACCAUAGGCGAGUCUGACAACCUGGUGAUCACGUGGGACAUCAAGGAGGAAGUGGAUGCUAGGGACUGGAUAGGCAUGUAUCUUGUUGAUGAGGCUUUGUCUGAGAACUUUCUGGACUACAAGAACCGAGGAAUCAACGGGUCUCACAAGGGACAGAUUGUUUGGAAAAUUGACUCUAGCUCCAACUUCAGUGACACUGAGACCAAAGUCUGCUUCAGGUACUACCACGGUGUCACCGGAGCACUGAGGGCAACGACAGCCAGCAUAACCAUAAAGAAAAGUUCUGCAACUGUAUUAAAGCCAGUGGUUAGUCCUGAAGCCAACCAUGGACUGGGCAACAGGAGGCUCAUUAACUUUUCCUUGUCGGACCUCCAGGCAGUUGGUUUGAAGAAGGGGAUGUUCUUCAAUCCUGACCCCUACCUGAAGCUUUCCAUCCAACCUGGAAAGCACAGCAUCUUCCCCUCGCUACCACACCACGGCCAAGAGAAACGCUCCGGAGUGGUCUGCAACACUGUCAACCCACAAUGGAGCACGGAGAGGUUUAACUUUGUAUCUCUGCCCACUGACGCCCUGGAGAUCGAGGUUAAGGAUAAGUUUGCCAAGAGUCGGCCAAUCAUCAAGCGUUUCCUCGGAAAGCUCUCUGUCCCUGUCCAGAGGCUAUUGGAAAAACAUGCCAUUGGGGAUCGGGUAGUGAGUUAUUCGCUGGGUCGCAGGUUGCCAACAGAUCAUGUCUGCGGCCAGUUGCAGUUCCGCUUUGAGCUGACUUCUUCCAUGCACCCAGAUGAUGAGGAGGUCUCCCUUGUCAUAGAGUCAGCCUGUGCUGAUGGGGGAAAUGCAGCAGAUGACAACUACGCUGCUCAUGCACAUGAUGAUGACACAACAAGUGUGGGACCUGACAUGCCUGACCUCCUUCUGGACACCCCUCCUGACCCUGAGACAUUGGUGCCACCAGCCUCCACAGAGGAAGCCUCCACACCCGAGAUGGUCCAUCGUUCGGAGACAGAGGAGGCUGAGGUGACAACAGAGGAGCAAGAAACUGUGGAGGACACAGUGAGGGAGGAGCCCCCAUCUACAGAGCCACAGGGGGUGCAGGAGGAGGGGGCCUUGGCUGAACAGCAGGACGAGAACAGUGGAGAGGGGGAAGAGGAGGAAGGAAAGAAGGACAGGCAGAAUGGAGGAGAUGAGGACGACCAUAGAGCAGAGUCUGCACCACAAGUUGAGGAGGAGGUGGCUUUAGAAGAAAAUAAGGUUGGGAAGGAAACCCAGCCAGAGCCAAACUCUGACAAUCCUUUAGUACUAUCAACAGACAUCCCAUCCCAGGAGGCCUCUGUAGAACAAACUGAAAGGCCCCAACAGGAGGUGACAGAGGGAGAAGAAAAAAGCUGCGUCCCCUGCACCUGCCAGUCCUUCUUCUCGAACUACAACUCCCAUGCUCCCUCACGCCGCAGAAACCGUCCCUGCUCCCUUCCGGUGUCUGAGCUGGAAACGGUGAUUGCGUCGGCCUGCGGUGAGCCGGAGACACCCCGAUCCCACUACAUCCGGAUUCACCACCUCCUUCACAGCCUACCCUCGGCCCAGCACAGAGCCUCCAGCCAGGAGGAGGAGGAGACCGGGGAUACAAGCACUACUCAAGACACUACCUCCGACACAUCACCGACACUUAAAAACUCCAAAGAAGAGGAGGGGCAAGAGAAUGAGGAAGAGGAGGAUACAACCCAUUCUCCCUCUCAGGUCCCAGAGUGUCUAGGCCCCUGCUGCCGUCGCUCCAUACCCCGCAGCCUCUCCAUUGAACGCCUCUCUGAGCUGAACCAGCUCCUGGAAGGUGAGGGAGGAGGACAUACAGCAGACAGGAGGAUCUCCCCCUCCUGCCUGGAGGAGGGGGGAUCCAGUAACGGAGGAGGGAGAACAGUUGGUGGGAGCACCCACAGACAUCCGGGUGAAAACGAGUGUGAGUUUUGCGACACCUCCUGCUACAGCACCUCCUGCUACAGCACUUCGUGUUACAGCACGUCAUGCAACUCAGGCUACGAGGGAAGGAGCCGCUUCUGCAGCCAUACCCGCCUCUCCUCAGUUGACAGCAACAGACUCUCCUGCAGCACUGUGUUCUCCUCCCAGGAUGAAGAUGAAGAUGAGGAGAGCGCCUUUGAGUCGGUACCUGAUGGGCACAUGUCGGAUGACCAGAAGGUGGGCGGGGCAGAAGGACAGAGGAGGACGGGGAGCCUGAAGGAGGCCAGGAGAGGAGAGCAGGGGGAGCCAGCUGUGGCGGGGCCUAGUGAUAGAAACAACAUUGGCUCAGGAUUUUCCCCUCCUGUUGGCCAUCUUCCAGUCCUGCGACCCAGCCAUGACCUUAACCAUUUUCCUGCUGCCACUGACCAAGCUUUACCUCCAAACUGGGAAGCUCGUAUCGACAGCCAUGGCAGAGUUUUCUAUGUGGAUCAUGCGAACCGGACCACAACCUGGCAGAGACCAAGCCACAGCAGCAAGUGUAACCCCGGCAUCCCCCGCUCAGGAUCCACACAGCAAAUGGAACAACUUAACAGGAGGUACCAGAACAUCCAAAGGACCAUGGCCACAGAGGAGGAUGGUGGGAGUCCCAGGUUAGAGCGGAGCAGCAGUACAGAGACUGAUUCUGAUACUGCUCAGACAGGCCCCGCAUCCCCUGUCAAUCACCAGAAGAUCAGCCAUCUCCUCCAGUCACCUGCUGUAAAGUUCAUCACACACCCAGAAUUCUUCACUGUGUUGCACAGUAACUAUGCAGCCUACCGGAUGUUCACCAGCAGCAGUUGUGUGAAACACAUGAUCCUGAAGGUGCGUCGCGAUGCCAGGAACUUUGAGCGCUACCAACAUAACCGGGACCUGGUGGUUUUCCUCAACAAGUUUGCAGACACUCAGCUGGAUCUGCCAAGAGGCUGGGAGAUCAAGACUGACCCACAGGGCAAGUCUUUCUUUGUGGACCACAACAGUCGAGCCACGACCUUCAUUGACCCGCGCAUCCCUCUACAAAAUGGCCGGCUGCCGGGCCACCUCGCUCACAGGCAGCAUCUGCAGAGACUACGCAGCUAUAGCGCUGGGGAGGCCUCUGAUGUGUCCAGGAGUCGUGGGGCUUCUCUAAUGGCCAGGCCUGGAAACAGCCUGGUAGCCGCCAUACGAAGCCAGCACAACAACUCACAACAGCUGACUGCUCCGUCUUACAAUGACAAAAUAGUGGCAUUCCUUCGACAGCCAAAUAUAUUUGACAUGUUGCAGGAGCGACAGCCAAGCCUUAGCCGAAACCAUGCACUGAGGGAGAAAAUCCACUACCUUCGGACAGAAGGUACUCAAGGGGUUGAGAAGUUGUCAUGUGACGCAGACCUAGUCAUCCUGUUAAGUUUAUUCGAAGAGGAGAUCAUGUCCUACGUUCCACCUCACCCUAUCCACCCUUGCUUCAGCAUCUCUCCUCGCUGUUCCCCCGCCUCCUCGCCACAGAACUCUCCUGGCCUGCAAAGGGCCAGGGCUCCAGCUCCUUACCGCAGAGACUUUGAAGCCAAACUAAGAAACUUCUACAGGAAAUUAGAAGCCAAGGGCUACGGGCAGGGACCAGGCAAAAUCAAGUUGCUGAUCAGGAGAGAACACUUGCUGGAGGGAACCUUUAACCAGGUGAUGGCAUACUCGCGCAAAGAGCUACAGAGGAACAAACUCUACGUCACUUUCUUGGGAGAGGAGGGAUUGGACUACAGUGGUCCGUCCAGAGAGUUCUUCUUCCUCUUGUCUCAGGAGUUGUUUAAUCCAUACUACGGCCUGUUUGAAUACUCAGCUAACGAUACUUACACCGUUCAAAUCAGCCCCAUGUCAGCAUUUGUGGAGAACCAUCUGGAAUGGUUCCGUUUCAGUGGUCGUAUCCUGGGCCUGGCUCUGAUCCAUCAGUACCUGCUGGAUGCUUUCUUCACCAGACCCUUCUACAAGGCCCUGCUCAGACUGCCGACAGACCUGUCUGACCUAGAGUAUCUGGAUGAGGAGUUCCACCAGUCUCUGCAGUGGAUGAAAGACAACAACAUCACUGACAUCCUGGACCUUACCUUCACCGUCAAUGAGGAGGUCUUUGGCCAGGUGACAGAGCGGGAGCUAAAGUCGGGUGGCUCCAACCUCCAGGUUACUGAGAAGAAUAAGAAGGAUUAUAUAGAGCGAAUGGCCAAGUGGAGGGUGGAGAGAGGAGUGGUGCAGCAGACAGAGGCGCUGGUCAGAGGCUUCUACGAGGUGGUAGACUCAAGGCUGGUGUCUGUGUUUGAUGCCCGUGAGCUGGAGCUGGUUAUCGCCGGUACAGUCGAGAUCGACCUCAGUGACUGGAGGAGCAACACAGAGUACAGAGGAGGUUACCAUGAUGGUCACAUAGUGAUGCGGUGGUUCUGGGCCGCUGUGGAGCGCUUCAACAAUGAGCAACGUCUCCGCCUCCUGCAGUUUGUCACCGGUACAUCCAGCGUGCCCUACGAAGGCUUCGCCUCACUGCGAGGAUCCAAUGGCCUCCGACGAUUCUGUAUUGAGAAGUGGGGCAAAGUCACAUCGCUACCCAGGGCUCACACCUGUUUUAACCGUCUGGACCUUCCUCCGUACCCUUCAUACACCAUGCUGUAUGAGAAACUGCUGAUCGCCGUGGAGGAAACCAGCACGUUUGGCCUGGAGUGAUCCAGAAAAGACACGCAAAUCAACACCGGAUUUCUCUCUGCUUGACACGUGCCGGGCUAACUGCAAAAAAAUGCAGCUCCAGUGGGCUCGCGACGUGUCAAAGAUUACUGGAUUGUACUCAACAAUGUUCUUCGUCAUCUGAGUGGAUGUCACUGUUAUGGUACUAUGUUGUAGAGUCUCUCACUUAGCUGUGAGGAUCUUAAUAACCAGCACCUAGCGCUUAGUAGGCUACACCACAGCAGGACUACAGUUAUUUAAAUAUUCAUCAUUAAUGAUUAAUAAUCAUUAAUUAUUAAUGAUUAAUAAUAAUAACAUUAUUACAUUAUUAAUCAUUAAGACUUGAGAAUAUGUGACGCUACAACAGCGUUUUUAAGAUAUAUAUCCAAAGAAAAUGGAAUUAAAAUCAUUUAGAGUUGCAUUUGCCAAAAUGCAUCAUAUAUCCAACAGUAAAAGUACUACAAUCAAAUUAUAGCUACACUAUUGUGUAGAAUUGAAGAACUUUACAUAAAAUCUAAGACAUUACUAUGAGAGCUAUACUUGAGAACUUGUUGGUAUUAAUCUUUAUAUAUAUACAUAUAUAUCCUUACACCUGGGUUAAAAUUUUGAUUUCACAGAAAGGAUCUAAAUUAUAAAGUAUUGAUGAUAAAAGCUAUGGUAUGCUCAUAUACGGUAAAGACAAGGAGGAACAUAUACAUACAAAACAUAUAUAAAGAAAAAUAUUUUACAGAAGUGACUACUGUUUUCACUUCAUCAAAGUUAAUUGGAACAUUUGGUCACCUAAAAUCUUGUUCAGCAUCAACCAGGCUAGCUGCCCGCAUCGGCAAACUCGAGGCUCCAAAACAGCAGUCCAUAAACCAAUGGGUGACGUCACAAUGCUGCGUCCACUAUUUUUACUGUCUAUCAUAACAAAGCUUUAUUUUUCUGCAUUUAGCUGUAUUUUAUCUGGACUGUGGUGAGCCAGUAGGAACCUGCCUGAAAAUCUGAGACUGGGAUCUGGAACAUAAAGAAUUAAAGAAUAUUUAAUAUAAUAUAUAAAUAUAUUAAUGUAAUAUAGCUUUAUGCCAGAAACCUGCCAUUUCAAGGCCCUUGGGAUGAUCAGUAGACUCUUACAAUCAAAUCUAAAACUGUAACCAAUAUAAAGAUGCUUGUAUGAUAUAGAUCUUGUCUGUUUGCCCCAGUCAGAGCUGCACUUUAGCGAUCGGAGUGGAUAUUUUGACAACAAAAAAAAACAUGCAGAGCUGCAGAAGUAGGAUAUGGGCAUGGAUAUGGACGAAUGGAUUACUUUUACUAGACCGUUUAGCAUUUGGGUUUAAGUUAUACAAAAAAAAUAGGUAUUUGCUUAGAAAUAGGAGUGGUCUGGCACAACGAAAUUACAGAAACAGUAAUAUAGGGAUAUUUCAUAAACAGUUGGCCUUUGGUCUAAUUUAGAUACAGUACACCAACAGCAUAAAAGGUAAAAUGUGUGGUAUAUCCCCUUAAAGGUCUAAUAGGUAGUUACAGACUCAACAACCACUACAAUACUUUAUCCAGUUGGAUCUCAAGAAGUAUUGGUAUCGUCCAGAAGGGCCUAGAUCUGGAACUGUCUCCCUCUGGUUUAGUCCAAGGUGUGGACAGGGGCUGGGUGCUGAUUAUCUCUGAAUGGACAGCGAUGUUACUGACGAAGAACUUUGACGGUCUCUCCAAGCUUUUUUUGCUCUGCUAUGAUUUCAAAAGUAGAGACAGUGGUGUCACAUCUCUCUCAAAGUAGCCAUCACUUCCAACACAAGGGCUUAUGGGAUUCCUUCUGUAACGACGGAAGGUGAUCGUGUCAACCAAGCAAUCAGGUAGCUUAGGAUUCCUUGACGACAAAGAAUGAACACCGUCUCCAGCUGUCAAAGGGGACUUUCUGUGAAUCCUUUUGGCCAGAAUGGUGCUUCAACUUUCAGCAUCCCUGGUCCUGCUGUUUGAAUGGAAAAUGCUUUUACUCUUCAAGUCCUCCACUGAUAAACUUGCUCUCUCUUGACUGCGUACCUUCACAAUGGUGUUGCUAUUCGCACGGAGCAGGUACUCCAAUAUCCCAAACCUUUGCUGUCUCAAACAAUGUGAGUGGUGCAAAGCAACGUGUAGGUCUCCAAGGGCCUAGGAUGAUUUCAUUGGCUCCCUGGUAUAUACUUGUUAUGUGUACAGGGGCCUUUAAACAAACCAGUGUAAUAUAUGCAAUAGUUAAGACCUUUACUCCAACGUGUUCCACAGUCUACCCUGUUGUUUAAGACAAUGACCGACUGCAGUGUACCCUCAGCAUUCCCCAGCCUCUAGUCCAGUAAUGGAACUGUGCCUCAGUUACUUACUGCCUCAUAUGUGGCCUGUGGGGUUGUGGCAAGUACUGAUUAGUAUUUGCCUUGGUUCUUUUUGAAAACAAUUUGCAUGUUCUCCUAGUGUCCUUGUGGGUUUCCUCUCAUACUUUAAACACAAGGAAGGUUUAUUGGAGACUGUGACAGCCCAUUUACAGUUAACCACCUCAUGUGUCUUGGGCAGAUAGCUAUCUGAUAUGAAACGAAUGAAUGCAACCAAAAAGCAUUAAUCCGGCACAUUGUUAAAAAGGUAUAAAAAAUGUCAUCUCUCAUUAUCCCUUCUCCUGCCAGGUGUAACUACGCGGUUUGUGAUUGCAACCAUUGGUUGGUCUUUAUGAUUAAAGGGAAACUCAUCAAAGUGUGUUUCCAGGUUUUGGGACAUUUUAGUGCAUAUGUGAAAAAGAAAUGUGUAUAAAGCCUCUAGGGAUGUCACAUCAGCGACUUUUAUGAAGUUUGAAAAAUGUGUUAACUGGCGGUGAAUAUAAGAAGUGAACUUACCAGACCUCUGUAGCCCGCUCCUCACGCAAAGGCUCAAGGCUAGAGGCUCCAGGCCACACUAGCCAAGUGGCUACAUUCCCAACUGAACGGAGUCCAAAUUAACUUUUGGCCAAGUGCUUUUGUUGCCUAAACCUAACUACAUGUUAACCAUAGUUUAUUUGCUAUGAUGACAAUCUUUCCCUAAUCUAACCACAUCACAGUUGCCAGAUAUUGUACGAAAUGACAAAUUGUUUAAGUUGUUGCCAUUGGAUGUAAAAAAGAAAAAAAUUAACAUUGUUUUCUGCCAGUGGGUGAUACUGACAUUUUCAGUGUAAAUGGGGCCUAAAUUACACACAGUUAAAGACAUUUGUAUGUUAGCCUUGAAAGAGAGUGGCAACCUAUACAGCAUCCUUCCCUGUUAUUCACCCAAAGCAUGAUGGGAUACGUUCCAGCCCCUGACCCUGAAUAGGACUAAGUGGCACGAGCAAGAUAGGACAAAGCUGUGAUUAUGUUGCAUCUUUUUUCUGUGUUUUUUUCUACAAUCUUUUGUACUGUAUCGGAUCUAUAAGUAAAGGGAAGUCCAGAAGCUUUCCUUGAAUGUUUUUUUUUUGUCGUUUUUUGAUGAUAUGAAAAGAAGCAUCAGUUCAAGAGUUUGCCUUCACUUUUAAAGCUUUGAGUUUUGAUAUGUGUCUUUUCUAUUAUCCAUUAGGCUAUCUGGUUAUGUGUGGCUUAGUGCAGGAAAUGUGCUACUGUCACAUCCUCUGUUUCAUUAUUUUUCUUCCAUGUUACAGACGUCUCACAGUGUCAUACAAUUCAGAGCUGCUAUCCAGAAAAUACUAUGUACUUCAGACAGUUUUGACAACAAAUAACAUGCAUAAAAUUAAAAGAUUUUGUAUGUAAUUUGUUAAAAAUGUAAAGACGAAACGCAGCAUAUACAAAACGAAAAAGUAAAGUAUACAGAAAUCUUGUUUUUAUUGGGCUGAUAUGUUUAUUACAUACAAUGCCGAUCUUAAACACAUUACUUUGGAGGAUACAUUGUUAACAUUCAUUCCAUAGCACUGAGUGCAUUGUUAGCAGCUAUUAUAUGAAUAUUUAAAUACGUUUUUGGAAAAGUCAAGAACUGGGAGGGGUCUACAGAAAGGUAAGGUGUAGCAGAUGUUUGGUAUUUGUGUUUUUUCAAGCUAUUUAUUUGUAUUUAAACAGAUAAUUUAAGGGAAUUUGACAAAGGGAAUAUGUGAAUGACUAGACGUGUGGUGGCAACUUUGCUGGGAGGUGACACUGAAGCAUGCAAAUUUAUUGUUUUGUUUCUUGUUUAGUGUGCGUGGAUUAUACACAUAUGUACAUAAUGAAGAAAGGUACAGUUCUGAUUUGUCUGAGAAUGGGUUGCUAAAAACUCAGGCUGUGCUUUCACUCCACUACACCAUACAACUGAAUCUCAAUAAAAUGGUCACUUUGUUA